CUGAUCAGCAAACUUCACUAGAUUAGAGCACCAAAUGCACCAUUAUGCCGUUAAUCGAGCCCACAUACCUGUCUUUCUCCGGCCAUGGCUACCGCCGCGGUCCUCAUCCUGCUCGCAGCGCUUCUCCCGGUGCUAGCCGCCGCAACCGAUAGCCGCUGGCCGAGCGCUGACUACAGCUUGCCUCCCACGCCCAAUCACUCGUGCGGCUUCAUGGGCAGGUACCCUCCGGGCAGGGCGUACGAGGCCACCCUGCGCCAUCUCGUCGCCACCAUUCCCGCCAAGGCGAAUGAGGAAUCCUGCAGGUAUGUGGAAGGGGAGUCCUGCAGGUGCUCUUUCGGCAACAUCGCCGGCGAGAGCCCCAACCUGGUUGCGGCGGACGCCUCCUGCUGCUGGCACCCGGACGCCAAGUCGCCGGACUGCGGCGCUUGCAUCGCGCUGGCCUUCCGGGAGGCGCAGAGGCUGUGCCCGUACCAGAGGAUGGCUCAGGCCUCGGUUGACGUUGAUGGUGGCACGUGCAAGGCUUACUUCCACGACUACGACAUCAGGGAACAGUUCGUUAACGGCGGCCCCAGGACGCUCCUUCCAGCGCUAGUUGCUGCAGCCGAUGGCUGGCCCGCCUCCGACUACAGCAUGGCCCUGACGCCCAGUCACAUGUGCGGCGACAUGGGCACGUACGCUCCGGGCAGCGAGUACGAGGCCACCCUGCGCCAUCUCGCCACCACCAUUCCCGCCAAGCUGAAUGCGGAAUCCAGCGACAUCGCGGGCGAGAGCCCCAACCGGGUUGUGGCGUCGGCCUACUGCUCCUGGCACCCGGACGCUGAGUCGGCGAACUGCAGAGCUUGCAUCGCGCUGGCCUUCCGGGAGGCGCAGAGGUUGUGCCCGUACCAGAGGCAGGCCGAGGCUGUGGUUGACGGCGGCGCGUGCAAAUUCUACUUCCACGACUACGACAUCAUGGAGCAGUACGCUCAUGGCGACCCCAGUAGUGAUCUUCAGGGGAACACGCUGGACCAGGUCGUGGGCAUUGUUGCAAAAAAUGAGAACAAUACAUGAAUGAGAUGGGCAUGCCGCAUCUUGGAGACAACAAUCAUGGAAGUCUUCGCAAAGCUUGGGUGGAUCUCUAAUAGAAGAAUUUGUGCCUAAUUGUCUCUCCGUGCUCAUGAACAAUGUGUGUUCUAUUUGGGCCAUUUAUUUGUUCCUUGAAAUCCUUUGGAGGCUGGGACUAUGUAAUAACAGAUGGUUGAGCAUAUGCAUUAUGGAGAGAAUAUUCCCAUUUCUUGAAA